GCAUGGUCGGUUUUGUUUAUCUGCUUUCAGCAGGGCGAGACGUGGGAAGUCUCUUCGUCUUACGAAGAAAUGGAUGCUACUCAGGUGAUCUGUGACUCAAUCUUGGAGUCAGACGAAGAAGAACAUGAAGAAGAGAAUGAAAACGAGAGGCAGCCUGUGGCUAAACUGUGCAUCUUAAAAAAUGAACACAUCCCUGAGAUAGAAUUGCCCCUCUUUUUGGGCGACAACGUGCUGGGACGUGACCCAGGCUCUUGCACCCUGCCCUUGCCAGCAACCUCGGUAUCAAAGCGGCAUGCUAUCAUCUCCAUCAUUGUCUACCGGAGAAGAGGUUGUCACAGUGAGGUGGACAUGGAGGCUUUGGUUUGGGACCUAGGUAGCAUGAAUGGGACCCGUAAGGGCCGCUUAAAGUUGACUCCUAAUGUACGCUACGCCCUCAGUGAAGGUGACAGUUUGGUGGUGGCGGAUAUCCCAUGUAAGUUUGUCAUCUGCAGUGCAGACUCUUUUCAAGUGGAAACGAAGACUCCUGUUAGCAUCAAUUCAGGACUAAAUGGCAGAUCGCCAGAUGCCUACGGAGAAAAGUUUGGGGAAAUAAGCUCAGGCAGCAAAAAAUGUGCCAACAAUGAUUCAAAGGCUAGGUUGUCAUUACAGAAGACUCCUGUAGGAGCCGGUUGCCUGUCCUUUGAGCAAACUCCGACACAGCCACAGGGGACACUGGUCCCAGAAUCUGACUCAGAUUCAGACAGUGAAAGAGGGCGGGGCGGAGGAGACAGAGGACAUAAGGCCUUAGUUCCCAAUUCUGAGUCCCAUCAAUCAAGUCCAACAUGUUCGACAUUCUUGAGUCCCUCAAACAAAAUUGUCCCUGAAAGUGAGGAUGAAAGUCCCAUCACACCGUCCUCCUCCACUAAAAAUAGGCCGUACAAGCAUGUCAGUUUCAGCACGGACGAAGCUGAUGUUGAUUCCGGACGACAGCAGCUGAAGGCGCCUACAAUUGUGAAUGACAGUGAAGAGGAAGAAAGAAGGGAGGAGGAAAGAGCAGCACAGGGAAGGACAAAGUCUAAGGAGAGUGGACAACAUGUUCCUGCAAAAGAGGAAAGCAAUGUCAGUCUUGAUGAAAUGCCUGUGUCUACACCAGCAGUCUUAAAAGAUGUGAUCCCUGCGUUUAGUGUGGACAGUGACACUGACAUGGAGGAAGAGGAGGGAAUUGUGGUCUCUGCCGGGCCUGUGACCUUGAACACAAAACAACAAGUUGACCAACAACCAAACACAGUUCAGUUUCACAUGGACAGUGAUACAGACAUGGAUGAGGAUGAUGAAGUCUCAAAUGAAGCGCCCAAGACUCUGCCUUCCUCUAAUGAAAAUACCAAACCUCCUCAUGUUAUUGCUGUUAUUCAGCCUGAGGGCAUCACCAUGGACAGUGACACUGAUGUAGAUGAUGAUACUGCUGUGUCAGAUGCCACUAAAGUAAAACCCACAUUGUUUCAGAAUGCACACACAGCUGACUCAGAUGAUUUCCACCUAGACAGUGACACAGACGUUGAUGAGGAGGAAGAAAAGGGGGGUCGUGAAGCAAAAAAUAGAAAUUCUAAAACACAUGAAACACUCACCAAAUUAGAUGUAAAGUUAAUUGUACCUGAAUCUGCUACUGCUGCUUCUGACAGUCUGCAUCUAGACAGCGACGUGGAUGGCAAAGCUAUGGCUGCCGACGGUGAAUCCUUGGUGGCUGCUGCUAUAACAGAAUCAUGCGCGAUUGCAAAUGCAGGAGCUGGUUUGGAUAUUCUGUCCGACAGUGACACAGAUGCAGAGGAGGAUUCUCCUGUGGUUUUACCUGUUGGUCCCACAGCUCCGUCAGUUCCUUCUGGCACAACAUCAGAAGCUCUUCAGGCAGGUUCUGAUGCAGACACAGAUGUGGAUGAAUCCAGCGUGUCCCCUGCUGAGGAGGAAACCAAACCAGCUGACCUUAUAAUGGACAGUGGUACAGAUGUGGAUGACAAGGAUGCAGAUGUUGGGGAGGGUGGUGAGGACCAGAUCCCUCGACUGCGCAGAGAAAAUACACCUGGGUCACUGGUUCCACUUCUGCUAAACUGCUCUACUCCGAUAACAACGUCAGGAGAAGUGGAAGACAUGGAGACUCAGGCUUUUACGAGUUCCUCACCAGGGGCAUUUAGGUGGGGAGGACCACCUGCCCUAAGGCCUGUAGUGUUGUCUUCCUGCUCAGACAGCCAGGAGGAUGAGGACUUUGUUGUGGCUGAGACACAGUCCUUUGUCCUUCAGGGCAGAGAUCGCAUGGAACCAACCCAAGACUUUGUGCAAGAUUCUCCUGGUGACAGAAAAGAUGAUCAGUCCAGCAGAGACGAGUCUUUCCAGCUGGGAUUGUCUGACAGCAGUCAUCUGCAGUGUCAGGACCGAGCUCUCACCACUGAGAGCACCCAAGCUUUCAUCUCGGUGGAGGGUGGUGUGAAUCUGGAAGCCGCCUCAGCUGCAGAAGGGACCUCUGCAGAGAAUGACGCAAACCUGGAGGACACACAGGCCUAUGGAGCCAAUGAGGGGCCAGACAGAUGUUCAGUAUUACCUGAAAAGGGAAUGCAGAUAGAUUUUGCCCUAGAAGCAACACAGGCUUAUAUUUCAGAGCCCUGCAGUGAUCCAGAUGAUGACAUAAACGAAGAUGAGAUACAAAGCGGUGCUACUACUGACACUCAGUCUUCAGACCUUACCACGUCACCUACUCUUGCCAUGGCUGAAACUCAACCAGUGGCUUCCUUUGUGGGAGAGGAGGAUUUGGCAACAGAUGAUCCUGUUUUCUCUGCGCAUGAAAGUACGCACACAACAUUAAAUGAAACAGAAGAGAAGCCCUUCAGUGAAGCUCUGUCUAUAUCUGAAACUCAGCCCAUGCCUAAAAGUGAUGACGAGAAAAGCGUUGAUGAAGACUCAUUUCUGGGUCCACGAAAAAGAAUAGUAAAGCGGCUUGAGAUUGAAGAGGAGCAGACUCAGCCCAUCUCUGCAUUAUCACCCCUUGCUGAAACCCAGCCAUUGCAUGUUGAUGAAAAGCAGCCGAUGGCUAUAUGUGAAGCUGAUGAAAGUGAUGAUGCAGACCCGAUGCCAGGCCCACGAAAGAGAAAGGCCAAGCGGCUUCACCUUGAAGAAGAGGAGACACAACCGCUGACAAAUUGUGAAUUCUCUGUUGCUGAAACUCAACCCAUGACUUCAUAUGCCGGUGAUGAUGAUGAUGAUGAUGCGGAUGUUCUGCCAGGCCCACGGAAACGGAAGGCAAAGCCACUGCAGCUUGAAGACGAGACACAACCCCUGACUAACUCUGAGACCUCUGUUGUUGCAACUCAGCCAGUAGUGACAAGUGAAAAUGAAGGAAGCGAUGAUGAGGACUCAAUUCCAUUAACACGUAAAAAAAAAGCAAAACAGUUGCACAUUGAAGAAGAGGAGACACAGACACUCAUUCAUUCUGAUGGCCCUAGUGUUGAAACUCAGCCCUUGGAUGCAUGUGAAGAUGAGCAAAGUGGUAAAGAGGACUUGACUCCAUGUCCCAAAAGAAGAAAAGAAAAGCCACAGGAACGUGAAGAAAUGCAGACACAGCCUCUCACUAGUUGUGAUGUCUCUUCUGUAGAAACCUGGCCAGCAGUGACAGGUAAAGAUGAUGAAAGUGAUGAGGAAGACGCAGUUCCAUGUCCACAAAUCAGAAAAGCAAAGAAGUUGGAACUUGAAGAAGAGCAGACGCAACCACUCACUAAUUCUGAAGUGUCUCCUGCUGGAACUGCGCCAUUGAAAACUAAAACUGGCACCCAGGCUCAGAAAGGUAAACGUGGUCAAUCUGAGACUGAAAUCAUGGCCAGUGGUGUUAGAAAUGUAAGAGAGACAAGAGCAAGAUUAAGAGAAAAGGAAGAGCAGAUGGAGUGUUUUGUACCUACCCGGAGACGGACCAGAGGGGAAAAUAAAACGUUGCCAAGCACGAGCGGAAGGAGAGGAAAAGUCAGGCCUGAUGAGGAUAAUAACAGUGAGGAAGAGACAGAGCAGGCUAAGCAGUCAAGAGAGAAAGCAAUUAUGAGGCAACAGAUGGAAGAUGAAAAGGAUAAAAGGACUAAAAUAGAGAGAAAAAAGCAUUCUCUAAAUAAGAGCCUGAUAAAGGAACAUGAGAAAGAUGUUUCAGUGCAACAAGAGAAAGAAGAUACUGAUAGCGAAAGGAGAGAAUACAAUGAAAGGGAAAGAGAACAGGAAGAGAUGAAAAGACGGCAGAGGAGUAAAGAAGAAGAAGAAACAUUUGACAAUGAAAAAAGACUGAAGGAAGAACAAGAACGAUUGCAGGCGGAGAAAAUACGACUUGAACUGGAGAGAGCAGAAAGGGAAAGGAAAGAAAAUGAAGAAAAAGAAAGACUAGAGAUUGAAAGGGUAGAAAGAGAAGAGAAGGAGAGGCUGGAGAGAGAAGAGAAAGAAAGAUUAGACAGGGAAAGAAAGGAAGAAGAAGAAAAGGAAAGACUAGAGAUUGAAAUGGUAGAAAGAGAAAAGAAGGAGAGGCUGGAGAGAGAAGAGAAAGAAAGAUUAGACAGGGAAAGAAAGGAAGAAGAAGAAAAGGAAAGUCGGAAAAUUGCAGAAAAGGAACUUGAAGAGCAACGUGAGAGGGAGAGGAAGGCUCAAGAACAAACAAGACUGGAGAGGGAAGAAAAGGAAAGGGAGGAAAGAGAGAAACAGCAGAAAGAAAAACAAUUAAACGACCAACAAGAAAAUGAGGAAAGGGACGAGGCCAAAGCCCCUCAAAGAAGUAGAAGAGCAACCAGGAGAACAAUUACUGCCCAGUGUCCCACAGAACAAGAGCAAGGCCCAGCCAUAUCAGCUGAGGGUUUCCCAGCGAUGAGAACAAGGUCUCGCUCUAACUCCUCUAACUCUGUCAGCUCAGAGAGGUCUGCUUCAAGUAUGACCAUGCAGGAGAGCAAGGGAAGAGGAAGAGGACGAGGACGAGGAAGAGGACGGAGGAGGACCAGCCAGACAGCCGCUCCAGGGCCCUCAGAACAGGACAUUCGCCCUCAGGGACUUCUUUCGAGGUCCAACUCAUCAAACUCCCUCAACUCUGAGAUUUCCAGCUGUAGUGUGAGCUCUCACAACAGGGGAAGAGGAGGUAGGCAGCGAGGAGGAGGAGGGAAGAAGACAAAACCUGACCCAGACUCUGUCUCUCCUCUCAGCAGUAAUCAGAAUUCAGCUCCAAAACCUAUACCCAGAGGCAGGAGAGGCAGGAAAGUAGAAGAAUCCUCCAGUGAUGUUAACCAUGAAGAUGAUAAAGACAAGGCCAGUUCUCAGCAGCCUGGUACCAGUAGGGGGCGACGACAAGCCAGUUCAAAUAGCUCUGAACCUACAGAUGCAGGUGAGGAAGACCAGUCAAAUGAACAGAAAGGUCGUGCCAGUGAUGAAUCUCUUCUGGUUAAAAAGAAUGUGAGAGGCAGAGGUAAGAAGGAAGUAAAGAGUGAAACUGUGGAAGAAGCAGCUCCUAAAGUCAAUGUCGGUGAUGAGGCAAAAGAAAAAAAGAAAACAAGGAAGAGUGAGUUGGAGGUAAAUGUGGGAGAAGAAUGUAGCCUUGGCGCAGAGAACGACCAAAAGGCUGAAGCAUCAGAGGAACAGGAACAAAAUGAAACAAAAGAGGAGACUUCUGCUAAUGUCCAAGUGAAAAGAAAGGGCAGAGCAUCCAACAGCCAAGCAAAGAAAAAUGCAAAAGAAUCUCAUCCCCAAGUGAACACAAAUGAAACAGAGGAAACAGAGGAAGCCCCCACGGCGAAGAGAGCCAGAGGUCGAGCAUCGGUGGUCCUGAAAAAGAAGACUGACGGGCUACAAGAAAGCGGAACUUCUGUCACUCCCAUGAACCACGAUGGAAAUGUGCAGACAUCAGAGCCCCAGACUCCAAAUGCUGGUGUGUCCAGGAAGCGGCAGGGUCCUGCAAACUCCCCUCCUGUGGCAAAGAGUCCUCGCUCCUCCUCCACUUCUCAGGUGGCUGGUGGUCAACUACAAACUUCCUGCCAGACCUAUAAGGUGCUGUUUACAGGUGUUGUGGAUGCAGCAGGUGAGAAAGUGUUGGCUCAUUUAGGAGGCAGCAUGGCUAAAGGCGUGGCGGACAUGAACUGUCUGGUGACAGAUAAAGUACGCAGGACUGUCAAAUUCCUGUGUGCGGUGGCUAAAGGAGUCCCAGUCGUCACCACGGACUGGCUGAUAAAGAGUGGCAAAGCUAGGAGCUUCCUGUCUCCUAGUACUUUCUAUGUAAAGGACCCAGAGCAGGAGAAGAAGUUCAAUUUCUGCUUGCAGGACUCUCUGAGGGUUGCUAACAGUCAGCCUCUCUUACAGGGAUAUAAGAUCCAUGUUACAAAGUCAGUGAAGCCGGAGCCAGUACACAUGAAAGAGAUCAUUUCCUCCAGUGGAGCUACCUUUCUAGCAAAGAUGCCGUCUUCUCAUAAGCCUCAGACUGUGGUGAUAUCCUGCGAGGAAGACUGGCCGCUGUGUGGGCCGGCUGUAUCAGCUUCUCUCCCCAUCGUCACUGCGGAGUUCAUUCUCACUGGGAUCUUGCAGCAGAAAGUUGACUUUCAGACCCACAUCCUUGCUCCUCCUGUAGCUGCCCUGCAGCCUGCAGGAGGCAGAGGAAAAGGCAGGAGGAAGGUGUAGUAUCUGCUGAAGAAGAAACAGCUGUAUGAAUGUAUUUCCCAUAUGGUGAAAAAUGACCAUUUCUGUACGUAUACUUUCAGCGUUGUACAUGCACCGUAUCACUCUUCUCUUCUCAUCUCAUCUUCUAUCACCACUUGUCCUCUAGAGGGUCACGGGGGGCAGUUGGAGCCUAUCCCAGCUGUCAUAUUACUGUUCUCCAGAAACAAUAUUUGGAGAGUAACAAGCAGAAAAGCUUGUAGAGACGGGCCAAAACAUGAAAAUGUGCUCAUUGUCGUUUCUUACAUUCUUAUCUUUGGUCUUGGAAUAAAUGUAGUUACUAAAGCUACAUAAACUGUUGCUGCUUUUCAGGGUAAUAAAUAAUUACCCACUAAUAAUACUUGUCACUUUCCCCUCUGCUCCAAGUCUCACUUUUACAACAACAGGAAUUAACUCUGCUAAACUGCUGCUACUCUCUAUGUGUGUGUUUCAGCGCAAUCAGUGACGUUGUAUGUAUACAUCAUGUUUGGAUGGUUUUACUGUUUUGACCCGCACCAGUUAUUGCAAUCAGUAAAUGAAAUAACCGUUUCCUGUCCUGAUGAGAAGUUCAUAGUGCCUUUUAUCCAUACACAGUCAUGGAACUAGUGUGUCUGUUGUUCCUGCCUCCAUUAACCACCACCACCACCACCAACUCCAUUAAGGCCUCAUCCAAUCAUGUAACUCCAGGGAGAGUGAGACAAUACAAGCACCUGACUGCUGAUGCUGUUUCUACAUCAAUAUCUUAUGGUGUUUUGCGUUUGUCCACUCUAUGUGUACAUGUCAUGUUCAGUAAUGGCCAGUAAACAGACCUCACAUUUGUUUUUUGUUUUUUCCCUGUAAACUCUAUGCCUACCUGUGCUAUGUCACUGGUGUUUUAAAGAUAGACUCAUUAGCUUGUAAUUUACGACUAUUAAUUUUGCUAGUGACUUAACAUGAAGUUUGUAUUUCUAGAAAAUCACGACAUUUGUCUGUAUUACCCAUGUAAACAUUAGCUGUGACUUAAUUUAUUUACUUGUCGUAGACUUUUUGAGUGUUCAGGUAUCUGGUUUUGUUUAUGGACCUGAAUGAUUGAGUUAAAAAAUAAAAAAGGGACAUAAUAAUAAUAACAGGAAAAUUAUUUUAGCAAUGUGCUGUGUUUCUAUGGUGUAUCUAGAAGCUUUCAACCAAAUCCAGACCUGCUGAUAUUUCAAAGUUCAAGAAGGAGUUUUUAAGCUUAAAAAAAAAGCUUUUUUUUAAACAUUGCAGAUUUUGUACUGAUCACCAUCUCUCAACACGGUUCAAUGAAUGUCCACGCUUUUUCUGGCAUUUUGUUAAAAAAAAAAGAAUAA